AUGGCAAUGGCGCCUCCGCCCGUGCCGAACCUGCCGCCGGGCUACGUCUUCAGACCCAAGGCCCGGGAGCUCAUCCAGCACUACCUCGCCCCCAAGGCGCUGGGCGGCUACUUCACCCCGGGCUUGGUGGCGGAGGGCGUGGACGUCUUCUCCGCGGCCCCGGACGCGCUCCCCUUCAGCUGCGGCCACCGUCGGGAGAGCGGCGAAGUGUGGGGCUACUUCUUCGCGGCGCACCCCGCCGGGGAGAGGGUCCCGGCGCCGGGCGGGUGCUGGAUCCCGUACGGCCCCGAGAAGGCGUACCGCGGCGGGGGCGCCGGGGAGGCGGUCGCCUUCAGGCGCAGGCUCGCGUACUACGUCGCGUGGCGGGGCGGCCACGACGGCGGCGACGGGGUAUGGGCGCGGACGCCGUGGCUGAUGGCGGAGUACCGGCUCAACAAGGGCGGCGCCGCCUUCCGCUGGACGCGGCCCGGCCCCGAGGCGAACAUGGACUGCGUGGUCCGCAAGGUAUUCACGAAGCCGGCGGUCCCUCCGCCGCCUGCCAGCUCCAGCGAUGACGAGAGCGCGGGCUCCAGCUUCAGGUACCGCAGCGCGGACGAGGAAGCCGGCUACCCCGGCGAGGAGCAGGCGAGGAAGCGCGCGCGAUGGGUCUAG